AUGGUAUCAUCUUUCCCAUUUGUUUAUCAGAAUAUGCUAGCAAAGAGACCGUACGGUGCAUACCAGAAUGUGAUCACUGUUUCCAUGUCGUGGCUCAAGAUUCAUGGUUCAUGUCCGCAUCGUAUCACAGAUGCUCUCCAUCGAAAUGCACAAAUCAUUCCGGUGCUAGAACAGUGGCGGCAACAGGGGAAUCAAGUGAACCCUUCGCACGUGAGAGUCAUCAUCAAAAAGCUUCGUGAUUCCGACCAAUCUCUCCAAGCCCUUCAGGUAUCAGAGUGGAUGAGUAAAGAAAAAAUCUGCAAUCUAAUCCCAGAAGAUUUUGCAGCUCGGCUUCAUCUGAUAGAGAAUGUUGUAGGGUUAGAAGAAGCAGAGAAGUUCUUUGAAAGUAUUCCAAAGAACGCAAGAGGCGAUUCUGUUUACACCUCUCUCUUAAACUCGUACGCAAGAUCAGACAAAACUCUGUGUAAAGCCGAAGCCACGUUCCAGAAAAUGAGGGACUUAGGUCUUCUCUUAAGACCUGUUCCUUACAACGCAAUGAUGUCUCUCUACAGUGCACUAAAAAAUCGUGAAAAAGUCGAGGAGCUUUUGCUUGAGAUGAAAGAUAACGACGUGGAGGCGGAUAAUGUCACAGUGAACAACGUGUUGAAGCUAUACUCGGCUGUGUGUGACGUGACCGAGAUGGAGAAGUUUUUGAAUAAGUGGGAAGGGAUUCAUGGGAUCAAACUUGAGUGGCAUACGACUCUUGACAUGGCAAAGGCUUACCUGCGAGCCCGUUCAAGUGGAAAGGCAAUGAAAAUGCUGCGUUUAACAGAGCAAUUGGUGGAUCAGAAGUCGUUAAAAUCAGCUUACGACCAUCUUAUGAAGCUGUAUGGUGAAGCUGGAAACAGAGAAGAGGUUUUACGUGUAUGGAAACUUUACAAGAGUAAGAUAGGAGAACGUGAUAACAAUGGUUACCGAACAGUGAUUCGUUCGCUUUUGAAAGUAGAUGAUAUCGUUGGAGCAGAAGAGAUCUACAAAGUGUGGGAAUCUUUGCCACUUGAGUUUGAUCAUCGAAUCCCGACAAUGUUGGCCUCUGGUUAUCGAGACAGAGGAAUGACAGAGAAGGCUGAGAAACUCAUGAACAGUAAAACCAUUAAGGACAGAAGAAUGAAUAAACCCGUCACUCCGCUUCUGGAGCAAUGGGGAGAUCAAAUGAAACCGUCUGAUCUCAAAUGCCUCAUCAAGAAUCUCCGUGAUUCCAAACAGUUCUCAAAAGCCCUUCAGGUUUCCGAAUGGAUGGGUGAAAAACAAGUUUGUAAUCUUUAUUUGGAAGAUUAUGCAGCUAGGCUUUACCUGACUGAGAAUGUUUUGGGUUUGGAAGAAGCAGAGAAGUACUUUGAAAACAUCCCUGAGAACAUGAAGGAUUACUCUGUCUACGUAGCUCUCUUAAGCUCUUACGCGAAAUCCGAUAAAAACUUGGGUAAAGCCAUGGCCUCAAGAAGAUGAGAGAGCUAGGGUUCCUAUUGAAACCUUCAACAUU